AUCUCAAGGAAGGAAGGAACGGAUUUGGAAAACGGCGGAGGAACGGAAGGUUGUUUUGGAAAUGUUUUAAGUUGUCAAAUUUUCUUAAUGGAUUAACAUUUAAUUAUUUCGCCAUAGCCGUGCUCCUCGCAUUGAGUAGGUAACUAAUGCCGCUUCACGACGAGGAGGAUCUGGUGGAAAACGUCGUCAGUUUGCGGAAUCAGCUGAGGAGGACCGAGAUCAGCCUGCAGACUUUGUCGAACCAGCUAAGCUGCACGGAGCAAUCUGGGUGUCCGCAGCCUGAGCUGCCGGCUGCUUUGACGAUUGAGGAUCUCCAACAAGCCGAUGCCCCAAAGCCACCAGCUGGUGGCCCCAGUCCUGCGAGGCGCUCUGUUACGAUGGCUAACUCGAGGCCAGCAUCUGCCAGGGAAAUGGAGUUGGAAAGCUCCCAGCUCAAGAGACAGCUUCACAGCACCCAAGAGAAGAACUCCUCCCUGGUGCUGGAGAACCAGCAGCUGGUCCAACAACUGGAGGCACUGCAGUUCGAGCUUACCAGCUCCAGGACCAAGAUCCAUCUUCUGGGCUCCACGGUUGGAUCAAAGACCUCCAGUUUGUCUGUAAUGAAGGAGCAGAUCCUGGACUUGGGUGCUGAGGUGGAGCAGCGUUCUAGUGCUCUUCGAGAGACAGAGCGGAAGUUGCAGGAGAGCCAGCGGGCUGUCGUCAUGAGCAACAGACAUGUGACGGAGCUGAAGGCGGAACUGAGGGAGGUCAGAGCUGUCCUGGCAGAGAGAUCCGCCCAAGGGCAACGGGCCGAGCAGCAGAGGAACUCGGCCCUUCACAACGCUGAGAAGCUGACCGUGGCCUUUGAGGAGUACAAAGCCAAAGCCGGCGAGAGACUGAGGAAGGUUCUGGAGGAGGAGGGGAAACUGAAGGAGAGUCUUGUCCAGUGUGACAAGGAGCGGGAGGAGCUGGAGCGCCGCUGUGGGGGGCUGCUGCAGGAGCAGGGGGUCCUGGCGCAGGAGAUCCGGCAGCUGAGGUUGGAGCUGCAGAAGGAGCAGAAGGUGAGCAAGGAGGUGGAGAAAGCUCACAGACAGCUGCAGGAGCAAGAGAAGGAGGUGGCCCACAGACAGCUGCAGGAACGAGAAGCAGAGGAGGCCCGCAGACAGCUGCAGGAGCGAGAGGCGGGGGCAGUGAGGCAGGUGGAGGCGCUGAGGCGGGAGAAUGCCGAGCUACGCUCCGCCAGCUCCCAGCAGGAGCAGCGGCUGGCCGAGUGCCGGAGAGAGGCAGAGGAAAGCCGGGCCGAGCUGGCGGGGCUGGAGGCCAUCCUGGGUUUGCUCCACCUUCAGGAGGGAGGAGGUACACCAUGUGUAAAGCCCUGCAUGCUGCCUGCCUGCUCCAUCUGGACCGGACCGGUUAACCUCCUCAACCCAAAGCCAGGUGAUGGCUACCAGAAGCUGCUGUCCGUCCUGCAGACGCUGGAGCAGGAGAAGGGCCGGCAGGCCGGCUUGGUGUCAGCCACCCAGGCUAGGCUGGACGAGGCUCAGCAGGAGAUCGCUGCCCUGCAGGACAGCAUGAGCCAGCGCUCGAGCCACUUUCAGCGCCUGCACGGCGAGAUGCUGGAAAAGGCCUCAGCGGCAGGUGGCCUGGAGAGGGAGCUAAAGAAGAAAGGUGAGCGACUGGACAAGCUGCAGGAUCAGCUGCAGGAGAAGAGCUCUGCCUACUCACAGGCAGCCGUGAAGAUCGGCGACCUGGAGCAGGGCCUGCUGGAGCAGACCAGCCGCGCUGAGCACCUCCGCUCCCUCCUGGCCAGGAAGCAGAGGGACUUCCAACAGGCCCUACAGAAGGCCGUCUCCCAGCAACGGAAGGACUUGGAGAGCCAGGUCGAGCUGCUGCAGUUCUCUCUGGACCAGAAGCAGGCUGUCGUCCUGGAACUGGAGCGUACGGCGGCCAGUGCACGGCAGGAGAGGCGGGACGCUCAGCAGAGGGCCCAGGCCCUCCAGCUCUCCUUGGAUCGGCUCUCCGAGGAGAAGGAGCUGGCAGCCAGGCGCACCGAGGACACCCUGCGGGCCUUCAGAGAGCAGGCAGCCCAGUCCUGUGCCGAGGUUAAGGGCCUGGAGGAGGCGCUGACGGUGUGUAAGCAGGAGCUGAGCACUUAUGUGCGGCAGAUGGAGGAAGCCAAGGAGCAGUUAGGGAAGCAGCUGGAGAAGAAGAAUUCCGAGGUGGACGCCCUGCGUGCUCAGCUGGAGGACAGUGCCCUGGCUUCCCGGAGCUCCAGUGAGCACAACGUGCAGCUCCAGUGCAGCCUACAGCGGCAGCAGGCCAUGCUGCAGGAGAGCGCCGCCCGUGUGGCCGAGCUGGAGGAGUGUCAAGCCCAGCUGGAGAUACAGGUAGGCAGACUGGAGCAGGAGUUGCUGAGAGAGCGGGCAGCUGGGGCCCAGCAGCUACAGAGAAGUGAGCAGAUGGUGCAGGAGGCCACAGAGGAGGCUCUGAAGAAAGGACAGCAGGCUGCAGCCCUCUCCAUCUCUGUCACGCAGCUGACCGCAGAGAUGAGCUCGUGCCGCAAUGGGCUGACCGAUCUGGAGACGGAGCUUCUGCAGCUGCGCAGGGACAGUGGCAUCAAGGCCUCCCAGCUCAACCAGAUGGAGGAGACGCUGCAGGAGACCCAGGGCCAGCUGGAGAAGAAGUCUGAAUUGGUGGUGGAUCUGGAGGAGAAGCUGCACCGCAGUGAGAUGGACCGGCGCAACUCGCUGCAGCGCACGCAGCUUCUGGAGACGCAGCUACAGUCGGUGCGUGGGGAGCUGGCCGACACGCUGUGCCACCUGCAGGAGCUGCACACCGUGCUGCAGCGCACGCAGCUUGAUGCCGAAGAGCGUGAGGCCGCCAUGGAGAGGCUGGCUGCCGAGCUCAGGGAGAGUCGGAAGGAGCUGGCGGAGCGGAGCCACGAGGUCCUGGACAUGGACGUGGCGCUGAAGGAGAGGCAGGGGGAGCUGAAGCAGAGGGCGGUGCAGCUCAGCCAGCUCGACGUGGCCAUUCGAGACCACAGGCUUGACAUGGAGAAAAAGGUCCUUCACCUGCAGGGGGCGCUAGAGAAAUCACAGAAGGAGGUCAUGGAGCGUGAAAAGCAGGUGGAGUUCCUCAGCAGGCGGCUAGAGCUUGUGCACAAACAGCUGCAGGACAAAGAGGACCUGGAGAAGGAGCUGCAGGAGGCGCGGAGCCACUGUGAGGGCCUGGAGAGGAGGCUGCAGGAGGCGCAGAGCCACUGUGAGGGCCUGGAGAGGAGGCUGCAGGAGGCGCAGAGCCACUGUGAGGGCCUGGAGAGGAGGCUGCAGGAGGCGCGGAGCCACUGUGAGGGCCUGGAGAGGGAGGUGGAAGACAGCGUCACCCUCGUGCAACAGAAGGAUGUUCAGGCCCGGCAGCUGGGCCAGGACCUGGCAGCAUCGCAGGCCCGCGCUUCAGAGCUGGAGACCCAGCUGGGGGGCGCCGUCACGCGCCUGGAGAGGGAGCUGGAGAUGCAGCGGGAGGAGCAUCGCACAGAGCUUUCUUCCGUGGACCUGAGUCGCACGCAGCUCCUGAAGGUGUCGGAGCACAUCUCCAGCAGCCUGCGCCUGUCCCAGGAGCAGCUGGUGCAAAGGCUGCAGCAGGUCACCUCCUGCCUGGAGGAGGCCCAGGGAGCGCAGUCCAACCUGCAGGCCGAGCUACAGGCUCGCGAGGAUCUCCUCCGGUGCACCAAUGAGGCCCUGCUCGUCAAGGAGUCGGAGGUCACGCGGCUGCAGGCCAGGCUCUCCAGCUACGAGAGAACGGCCGAGCUGAAGAGCGCUUCCCUGCUCUGUGACUCUGUGCUUCAGCUGCCGUCGUCCAAUGGCCACAAGGAGGCGCCAUGUCCUGGGUCCUGGGAGGACAGUGACUCCCCGGGCCUGCCGGAGAGCCUGAGGGCAGCGCUGCGCGGCACGUUGGAGCCCCUGGAGCAGAGCUGGCGGGGUCUGAGCCAGCGAGAGUCCUCCUGCUCAGAGCUCUCCUUCAACCCGCUGACCUACAUGGCUGAGGAGAACGAGGACGGCGCCAUUGAUGUCUCUGGGCCGGGGUCUCCAGCAGAGCCCAACAUGGACACCUUCACCGGCAUGCUGAAGCUCAUCAGCAGGCAGCUGGCCUUGCAGGGCGAAUCUGACCCCAUCGUGGCUGAUGCCCCACCCAAGGCAUGAAGACGACCAGCGGGAUGAGGCUUAUGAGAGAACGGCAGCAUGUCCUCGGAUGCAAGAGCGUCUUCUGAGGCCGGGCAGCUGGGAUCCGUCUGCGAUGGACAAUCGUGCCGUUGCCUGUUGGCCCACAAUGACUCUUUACCUGCUCUCAAAUCAGUGCUGCUCAGGGAUUAACGUUGUAUCUAGAAUUGCAAAAUGUCUCCGUCUGCUUAAGCUUUGGAAGUCGUUUUCUCUUGAAGGGAAAUUAGCUCAUGGUUUCGACCCGCAAAUUUAAUUUAUGUUAUACCUGCUGAGCCGAUGAUGUUAAUUCAGGGCUGUUUACUGUGGGGUUGUGGGUUUGUGAACCUGACGUGUGCUGAAGCGUAAUGCAUGUGUAAGUCAGUGUGCCUUGGCUAAGAUUAGCACAGCUGCUGUUCCAGUAACAUGACCAUGGUUGCUGAUUAGCUAAGAUUAGCAUGAUAGCAGACAUUUUUCAGCUCCUAGCAAGAGGAGUGUAAAUUUACUCUGUUCACUUCUAUGCUUUUGUUUUACAUUGUGUAUAUGUAUAUAUUUAGAUGUUUAAUAUACCUAAUUAAAUGAUUUAUUUGGUUUUUUA